GGACUUUUCAGCGUUCGCCGCUGCCCGGGUGAGGCUCACGUGGGCAAGCGGGGAUUGUGUCUGUUUGAUUCGCGCAGGUUGCUGCGGCGCGCCCGUUGGGAGCGCGGAUGGUAUCCACACUUGGUAUGACGCAUGAGCAACACGCGGGCGCUUCGGUGUCGUUGCUCCAGUGGACGUGGUGUGGUUGCUCUGCAAGGGGCUGCGCCCAGCAGCCUCAGGGUUCGCCAUGUUUGGCAUGAUUUCCUGUUAACGACCCGGAUGCCUGCUCAGUCUUCAGAGUGCCGCGCCAGAAGUGUAGGAUUUGACGGAGUCUAACUGGUAAUCUUGUUUUUCCGAUGACAUUCCCCAAAUACGGCCGUUAAUGAUGCCUAUUCUGCAACAAUAUGGGAACGGCUUUUGGCUCCUGGACCUUUCAGAACUUCCAGAACCACCCAGCCCAACUGCCAUGGGCUUGCCUGACGCAGGGGCAAGCUGCGAUCGCGUGCGGGGGUGUCCAUUUGCGAGGACUUGGCGAGUGACUAUGCCGCGCUGUUGUCCACAGCUGCAGGUUUGGCAGCGUGGCAUAGGUCAGUGCGCUUCUGCGCGCUAUGCGAAACUGAGCCAAACUGAGCCUUAUCGUGGCGCAAAGCGCAAAGCGCCGCUGUGUGGCGUGCGGUGCUCGCUUCAGGCCACGCCUGGACCCAGCUAUGAUGGUGCUCGUAACUCGCCGAGAUCGCCUGCUGGGCCGCAAGGCCGCCUGGCCACCUCGCUUCUCCGCGCUGGCAGGCUUCGUGGAAUUCGGUGAGACUCUGGAGGAGUGUAUCGUGCGUGAAGUGCGUGAAGAGACCGAUGUGCGAGUGGACGAAGCCUCCAUCCGCUUUGUGGCCUCACAGCCCUGGUUGUUUCCUCGCUCACUUCUUUUGGGCUUUACUGUGAAGGCUCUGGAUACGAAUAUCAAGUUGGAUGCAAACGAAAUACAAGACGCAAAGUGGUUUGAUGCCAGCUAUGUGCGGGACUGCGUUCUAAGUCCUGCAUAUGAAUCAGCGGCAGCAGAGGAGAGGUUUCACAUUCCAUCACGUACAUCUUUGGCUCACAGCCUCAUCCACGGAUGGGUGACGGAAAUGCAGGACGAGACAGGUGCAGCUCGAUCCAUUGAGGGAUGGGUCAUCAUUGUCGCCGGAGUGCAUGAAGAGGCACAGGAGGAUGACAUUUUUGAAGCCUUCUCAGAGUAUGGCGACAUCAAGAACUUGCAUCUGAAUCUGGACCGUCGCACAGGCUUUGUCAAGGGCUACGCUUUCAUCGAGUAUGAAAACAAGCAAGAGGCUGAUGCAGCAAUCAAGUCGAUGGAUGGAAAUACACUGCUGGACCACAAGCUGGAUGUGAGUUGGGCCUUUGCAAAGCCUGGCAAGAAGAAGACACGUCGAUGA